CUGCUUAAUGUAACCGAUGUCUGUUUAAUGUAACCGAUGUCUGUUUAAUGUAACCGAUGUCUGCUUAAUGUAACCGAUGUCUGUUUAAUGUAACCGAUGUCUGUUUAAUGUAACCGAUGUCUGCUUAAUGUAACCGAUGUCUGCUUAAUGUAACCGAUGUCUGCUGUUUAAUGUAACUGAUAUCAGUUUAGUUACGAGUUUGAGCUUAAUGUAUGGAGCAAGUGGAAACCAUGGUGUUGCAUAAUUUGGGCAAGGCUAGGGAUCCGUAUCAGAACCGUAGAACCGGAACCGAACCGAACCGAAACCGAGAAAAUACGGUUCGGUUCCUACCAAGGACCGAACCGGAACCGAACCGGUUAAUGUUAUUUCGAAAAGACCACGAAGUAGUGUAUUUGCAAGCCAUACUUUAUUGAAA